AGCGAAGCUCUUCGCAUCGCUGACCUGGAAGCCGCGUCGCCGUUCGAGGGGCAUCAAGCAAGCGUGGACAGCGCUAGAGGAAGCCGGCCGUCUCAGCCACCUUCAGCCAUCCUGCGAGCUGCGCCAUCCGACGACGUAUCCUUUUAUUCAGCAAGCUAGUUCUCACAAACUAUUCACAAAAGAGUACGAGCGUCUUUUUUCAAGAUGCCUCGCUCCACUUGCGCCUCAUGUCGCGCCCUUCUCAGCACAGGAGACCGCCACAUCAUCUGCGCUCUCUGCCUGGGACUGGGGCACGCAGAGUUCGCCCUCACUGAGGGCGGAUGCGAUUUCUGCGAGGAGCUACCGAUGUCGACCCUGCGGGCUCGACUCGAAGCGCUCCAAGCAGAAACCGCCGCGCCGCCUUACCUCAGCCACGCAGGAAGAAGCGCCGCUCACAAAGGCUGCCGGAAACUGUGGUUGAAGCGACUGCCUCGCCGGAGCCUCUCCCUCAAGCAUCGCUUUCACCCUCCCCGCCCCCCCCCCCGGGACGCGCAGUUGCCGCCGAGCGGCCGCACUGCUGCCAUCUCGGAUGAGGCGGAGGAUAAGGGCCGCUGUUCCAUCAUGGCUCGGACAGCGAGGAGUGGUCAGGCUCCCAAGCCUCCUCCUCGGCCCAGGAAUCCAGCAGGACCCGCGCCGGAGUCGAAGGGUAGUUAACACGCCUCCUCACACAGGCCGUCGACCGCCUCGGGCUCGAGUGGUCACCGCCCCCUGAGCAGGCACCCAACAGACUCGACGGAUGCUUUUUUCAAAGCCAUCGCCGCUCUACACCCACGGCCCGGGCCGCUCCCUUCCUGCCGGAAUUACACACGGAGCUUGCAAAGUCGUGGAACGCUCCUUUUUCAGCCAGGUCCCGUUCCCACGUCUUCACCUCUCUCGCGUCGGUGGACGGCGCCACUGAGAGAGGCUACUCCUCCAUCCCCCGGUCGAGGACUCGGUAGCAGCACACCUUUGUCCGCCCUCCGCGAGAUGGCGUUCCAAGCCUGUGCUCCCGUCUAAGGCCUGCAGAGCCACUUCCACCUAUGUUGGCCGCGCCUAUUCCGCCGCCGGCCAAGCCGCAUCUGCUCUGCACUCAAUGGCCGUUUUACAGAUCCUACAAGCGGACCUUCUUCGGGAGUGGGAUGAGAAAGGCAGGCACCCAGAGGCUGUUACUGAUCUACGAAGUGCGACAGACCUUGCCCUUCGCGCUACCAAAGCUGCAGCCCAAGCUCUAGGGAAGUGCAUGGCCUCGCUGACUGUGACCGAGAGACACUUGUGGCUAACACUAGCCGACAUGGGAGAAGCAGAGCGCACCACGUUCCUCAACGCACCGCUCUCUCCGACCGGUCUCUUCGGCUCCGCGGUGAGCGGCAUUGUUGACCGCUUCUCAGAAGUCCAGAAAGCCACCCAAGCCAUGAACCUCUUCCUGCCGUGUCGCGCUAGCUCCUCUGCAGGCCGCUCACGUGAUCAGCCUCCUGCACGAGCCUCUUCACAGCGCCCAGUUCAACAAACUCAGACUUCUCAGCGUCGACAGGGCGGCCGCCCUCGAUCGCGCUCGAACAGCCGCCGCAGACCGCCGCCCGCGGGCCUCGAUCUAAGGUAACGCUGAAACCCGAGCAGCCGAAGUCUUCCUAACUGUGUUGAACAAACGACGGCUCAGUCCCGCCGCGGCCGGACCACCGUCAAAGCUUCGCCCCCUGUCAGUCCCCUUCUCUCAGGCUACUGCAGUGGUGAAUUUAGCAGCCAACAAGCCGGUGACACUGCCCGCUUGCCUGCACUCAAACGCCGUUUUCACGGCGACCCAAAUAAAUCUUGUAAAGAGCAAACAUGUCUUAUGUGUAGAAAAUGUGCCCACAACCCAGUGUUCACCCCUACACACAAGCAUAACACAUCCAGUGCCCCUAUCAGUGCACGCUCUCAUAAAGCGGUUACGAACCGCUCCAGCGUCAGAGUCAAUGAAGGCGCCCACAAAGGCGUGCGCGCGCCCAUUCUCUGGCCGCUGUGUCACACGACCAGCCCUAUGUGUAGAAAAUGUGCCCACAAUCCAGUGUUCACCUCUACACACAAGCACUGCAUGUCUCGUGUCCCCACCAGAGCACGCUCACAUAAAGCGGUUACGAACCGCUCGAGUGCCAUCAAUAAAUGCGCCCACGAAUACGUGCGCGCGCCCAUUCUCUGCCCGCUCUGUUACACGGCCAGCAAACAUUGUGUAAGUCCCGUGCCCAUGACUAUGCUUGCGCAUCACGUAACAGAUGUGACUCUUUCCCCAUUCAUUCCAAUCGGGAAGUCACUCACAAAACAGCCUGUUCAUGCUGUCUGCGAGCAAUCAUGCAUAAACACACUAAACGCGCUCACACAUUUUGUUCAGCGCUCUGUGUGCGGCAAUCAGAGCGAAUUGGCCAUUCACCCUCUAGCGUUACGCUUCAAAGCGUGGGAAGCUAUUCCAGGGAUAUCCCAGUGGGUGUUAAGCACAAUACAACAGGGCUAUUUGCUACAGUUCGAUCGCCGCCCUCCUCGCUUCAGAGCGCGCUCGAAACCACUGUGAACACGGAAGCAGCGUGCAUGCUUCGUUCAGAAAUAGCAAGCCUUCUGUGCAAAAGGGCCAUAGAGAAAGUGCCACCCUCUCUGAGCGAGUCGGGGCUUUACAGCCGUUAUUUUCUUGUUCCCAAGAAAGACGGCGGCCUCAGACCCAUAUUAGAUCUCAGGGUUUUGAACAAGGUGCUUGCAAAAAGGCCGUUCAAAAUGCUUACAAUCAGGAAACUCCUCGCGCAUGUGCACCAGGGGGACUGGUUUAUUUCUCUCGAUCUGAAAGAUGCAUACUUUCAGAUUCAGAUAAAUCCCCGUCACGGGCCAUUCUUGAGAUUCGCCUUCGACGGCCAGGUUUAUCAAUACACCGUCCUUCCGUUCGGCCUGUCCAUAGCACCCCGUACUUUCACGAAGUGCAUGGAUGCGGCGCUCGCACCCCUGCGGAGUCAGGGUUUGCGAAUUUUGAACUAUUUGGACGACUGGCUGAUUAUGGCACAGUCACAUAUGGAGCUUCUGUCUCACAGAGCAGUCCUCCUCAGCCAUCUGAACAGUUUGGGUCUUGCAGUCAAUUGGACCAAGAGCUCACUACAGCCCAGUCAGACAAUUUCCUUCCUUUGGAAUAGAACUAGACUCCAUGGCAAUGACGGCUCGCUUAUCUACGCACGGGUUGAGGCGCGGUCUGCGAGGGCUCUCCGGUUUUCGGCCUAUGUUCAGUUCAGGAAAAGCUCCUUCACAUAAAUUGUCUGGAAAUGAUAGCGGUCGAGUACGCGUCCACUCCCGGUCAUUCAGGGUCACCACGUCCUGGUCCAUUUGGACAACAGAUCUGUGGUAUCCUACCUAAACCGUCAGGGCGGUGUCAGAUCCAGGAACCUAUUCCAUCUGAUGAAACGCAUACUGAGUUGGUCCCAGUGCCACCUGCGCUCGCUGAGGGCGACACACGUGCCAGGCCACCUGAACGACGGCCCGGACAGACUGUCCAGAGACAAUAUUCCCCCAGGGGAAUGGUCCCUGCACGCUCAAACAGUCCAGACGUUAUGGCACCUAUUCGACAGAGCAGAGAUAGACCUCUUUGCCUCCAAAGAGAACUCUCACUGCCCAAUAUUUUUCUCGAAAAGCGAGGACGCGCUGGCCCAGGACUGGCCCAGACGCCCGCUUUACGACUUCCCUCCCGUCUCGCUAUGAAAGCCCCCCCUUUCGAACCACUUCAAUCUGUGGAUUUGAAAUACCUUUCACUCAAAACCGUUUUUCUGACUGCCCUGUCAUCAGUCAAACGUGUGGGAGACCUUCACGCGCUGUCUGUCAGCGCUGCGUGACUUGAGUUUGGACCAAGUGACUCCAAGGUCAUUUUAAAGCCUAGACACGGCUAUGUUCCCAAGGUGAUCGGUACUCCUUUCAGAGCACAGGUCAUUUCCUUAUCGGCGCUGCCAGCACCCGAUAGCGAACGCGACGCCAAUCUCCUUUGCCCGGUCAGAGCACUGAGAUUGUAUACUGCGCGCUCCGCCGCUUUCAGACGCUCUGAGCAGCUUUUCGUUUCGUUCGGAGGGCGCACCAAAGGUCUCGUCGCCUCGAAACAGACAUUAUCUAGAUGGAUAGUGGAUGCUAUUGCUGCUGCAUACACGUCAAAAGACCUGCCAUGCCCGUUGGGCAUUAGGGCUCACUCCACUAGAGGCAUGGCAUCCUCGUGGGCAUGGUCCAGCGGGAUUUCCAUUCACGACAUAUGUGUGGCAGCGGGAUGGACUUCCCCCUCCACCUUUGUCAGAUUUUACAAUAUGGAAGUGCCCGCUCUGCAGGCAAAACUACUAGCGGUUUAAUACGCUACAGCUCCCCUGUUGAGCUGCACUGAUGGGACACAUUCCACACAGACCGGCACCGCCGCUCUGUCGUUCCCUUCCCACUAUGUGCUUAUGUAUUACACAAUCAAUGACCCGCAUUCUUGCCGGCCAAAUAUUAUUUCCCCACUCAUAAGGGCUCCCCCGGGUCCCCCCUUAAUUCCCUGGGGCUCAUACAGUGGAUGCUUGGCGCGCAAGGCGUUGACAAUGGGUUCCCGUAGCGUAAGCUAGCUUACGCAAUACGAGAGAACCUCUCGUAAGAGAACGUAUCGGUUACCUAACGUAACCUCGGUUCUCUCUAGAUGAGGGAACGAGUAUUGUGUAGCCGGCCGUGCUCACGCCACGAGCGACUUUUCGCUUCAGUCAAUGAAAACCAGGGUUCCAGCCUACGGACUACGCUUAUAUGCACUCAAGUCACGCCCAUUUUGGCGGGCUUUGAUGCAGUGAGCGUGCGGACGCCUCUCAUUGGAUGAGAGUUCGCCCAAGCUCUUCUGUAGGCUGCAGCAGUUGCCGCAGAGCAACCUAUGAGCUCGCUAGCUAGCCCGCUCAAGGUCUGCAGUUGCCGCACUGCGUUGACAAUGGAUACAAAAAUUAAGGAUAAUUUUUUGGCUUCAAUAUCUCAGAAAAGAUUAAUCUUUCCCGUAGCGUAAGCUAGCUUACGCAAUACUCGUUCCCUCAUCUAGAGAGAACCGAGGUUACGUUAGGUAACCGAUACGAUUUCAAUGGUGGAAAUAGAGAUUGCUAAUGUGAUGUCAUCGUGACGUAUUACCAGUGGUGAACGCAAAGCAUUUUGGGAAUCCGCGGCACAAACAGAAGGCGCCUGACUUGAUUGCAUGGAGGGAAGAACGCAGUGUUCAAGGUACCGUCUACCUACUGUGUUAUAAACUGCAAUAGUCGUUCUCACGAUAGAAGUGGCAUAAAGCUUAAGAACGGAAAAUCCUUUUAUCGUUUUCCAGCUUGGAAAAAUAAUAGUACAAGCCAUGUUUCAGAGGUGACAAAAAGGCGACGAAUGGCAUGGAUAGCAGCAGUAAGGAGGCCCAAGAUUACAUUCGAUAACACUCCACUACACAUGAUGGUGUGUUCAAAGCAUUUUCACAAAGGUAAGUUACAAUUACUCUGUAAAUGUUUAUUGUGGGCAAAUAACCAGCGUGUUUUGUUUGAUUUAACCAGACCAUUAGAUUUGACGUUAAGCCAAUGUUAACUGUUAACUAGCAUGAAAUGGCUAGAAAAUUAGCUUAAGUUACCAAUGUACUAAAGCGUAACGUUAAUCAGUUUUAAAUGUUGUACAUCUAGGCUACAUAGCAAUUUAUUUGGUGACUGUGUUUGCAGGCUAACCUGCCUAUGAAAUGUUGGAGUGUAAUCCUGACUGGGCCCCUUCUCUGUACCUCGGCCAUACUGAGGUCAAAGCUACGAACACAGACCGGUUCAAGUGGUUUAGGAGAAGAGCGACGAGUUCACAACAACAGCAACCCCCAUCGCUAGGCACUGACAACACUGGUCCUGAGGCUGAGUUGGAAGCUCGCAUGAAUCAACCUCUAUCGCCAGGCACUGACCACACUGGUCCUGAGGCUGAGUUGGAUAAUGCAGCACCUUUAUACCCAGACAACACUACACCUGCAACCAGUAAAAAGCAGAACACCGAGAACUGUGGCUUUCUUCAGAAGCUCUCGCCUGCAGACCUAGUGUUAGCAGACCGUGGAUUUGAUAUUAAAGAAAGUGUUGCCCUUGUGGGUGCUACACUGAAAAUACCUGCCUUCACCAGGGGCCAUCACCAACUUAAUGCAAAAAAUGUGGAACAGACCAGGAAGUUAGCUCAUGUCAGGAUCCACAUGGAGCGAGUGAUAGGGUGUAUGCGCUCUAAGUUUAACAUAUUAAAUGACACAAUACGCCUGGGAUUUGUGGUGCCUUGUGAGGGGGAGGAUAAGAGUGCUGGAUAAAAUUGUGGUUGUGUGCUGUGCUUUGACCAAUAUGUGUCCAAGUAUUGUUGUGAAUCUGUCAUGUUAGAAUUAAACACCAUGCUCACAUCUAAUAUGUAAAUAUGUUUUUUUCAAAAGAUUUUGUAAUGUCACUUCUCGCAUGUAAUGAUUUUUAGCCAUCUCUGUAAAUAAAAUACA